AUGACUAUAUAUAAUUAUCAAGAAUGUUUUUGGGAUGAACGAGAUCAAGGCGUAGUUACAUUAUUACAACACGUUAAACAAGGCACAUAUGUUACGUCCCAUAUAUAUAAGUAUUUUGAAGAAUUAGGGAAAUUACAAAGAGAAUAUUCAAGAAGAUUAAACGCAAUAAAUGAGAAAUAUAGAGACAAUUUAUUGAAUAUAGCCCCCGAUUAUGGCCAAUUAAACCGGAUAAUUACGAUUUUUAUUAAUCUACAAGAGAAAAUAAUUAAAAGUCAUGGGAAAUUAACUGUUCAAAUUGAAACAGAGGUUUUACAAGACUUACACGACGAUUGUAUAACUACAUUAAACGUGAAUUAUUCCAAUUUGGAGGGGAAAUUACGUAAUUUACAAAAAAAUAAGGCUGUCAAACGUAAGAAUAUGAAGGAGAUAAAGGGGAAAUUAAAUAAAGCCGUAAUGGAAUUAAGAGAUUGUGAAUUGAAUUUAGAUAACCAAUUGGGUUGUAAACAAAAUUUUCAAAUUGAUAAAGAAAGAAAUAAAUGGAAUAAAGUCAUUGAUAAUUUAAACAGAAAAUUAGAUAUUUGUCGAGAGGAAUACCAAGCGAGCAAAAAACACUGGAUAAAUGAAUGGUGGAGCUGUUCUAUGGAGUUGCAAAAUCUCGAAUUGAAUAGAAUUGAAACUGUUAUAAACAAAUUUUAUCAAUAUUCCACCUUUGUUUUAGAUUGUAAUGUUGUAGAGCAAACAUGUUUUGAAAAAUUAACUCAAUCAUUGAUGUCUUUAAGUCCUAUGGAAGAUAUUUCUUCAUUUUCAAAACAUUAUGGCACGGGAAGAAUUAAUAAACAUCCAAAAGAUACUAAUAAUAAUACCAGUAACAUUGCUACUAGUAGUAAUUUCAACGGUAUUGGAAGGCUUAAUUCUAGGAUAUCAAUGUUGGAAAACCAACCAUUACCGGAAUUGCCAAUACCAACUCAAAACCAUAUCGCUAACAAUAACAAUAUACGUAUAUCACACAGAGACAAUUUAAAAAACUUGUCCAACAAAUUAAAUACAUACUCCAGAUCCAUAUCCAACUCUUCUAAAGAAUCCUCUCCUCCAAGGGAUAAAAAUAACAUCAAUAAUGUAGACAAUGAAAUACAUUAUGUUGGAAGAUCAGAAAUUAAUAACAAAGCGGCUUUUCAAUUAAGUUUUCCAAAAAUUAAUAAUAACAACAGUGAUGACUAUGAGAUUGACGACAUUUUAGAAGAUCAAUUUUAUCCAUCUCCGAGUAAAACAACAGACACUUUACCUAAUAAAAUUGGUCUUUCGUCACCAACAACUAUCGAUUCCGGAUAUAUUAGCAAAACAAUUGAAGAGAAAGAUUAUAGUAGCAGGAAUAAAGAGAAUACCUUUUCAAGCAGUGAAGAAGAUGAAGUAGAAGAAGAUGGAGCGGAAGAAGAUGAAGCAGAAAAGGGAAAGGAAGGAGCAAAAUAUUCUAAUGUUAAACGGGGUGUUAAUUCGAAAACAUUCCAGCAACCGACAAAUAAUUUAAUACCAGAGAACAAAAGCAUCAUUAAUAAUUUUGUUAAACAAGCAACAUAUAAAGAUGACAAAGAAAAUAGUCUCAAUUCAAUUCUUCAAACAGGUGAAGACAAUCACAAUUAUUCUGUCAAUAACAAUACAACUGACAAUAACGAUGACAACUACACAUCUACAAUAAAUAUAUUGAAAAGUAUACCAGAUUUUGGUAAGUCUUCAUGGAACUCUAAAAAGUUACAGAAAAAUGCCACUAAUUAUAACAUUGGUAACAAGGGCAAAGUUAUCGGUGGCAAUAUCUUUGCAAAAAGUCCCAUCAGAACUGAUGGUAUUGGUUUCAAUACUCCGAAGAUAAUAACCGGACAGAUAGAGACAGAAAAAGAAACACAACGUGAAGUAAAUAAUUACGCAGAAAAAGAUUUUGAAGUAUAUACCAAAAAUAAAAGAGAAAGUAACAAAUUGACAUUGGAUAGGGGAAUUAAAAUUGAUGCUAAUAUUGAAGAUAAGGAUUCACAAUACAGAACAACCUCUACUGACACUAUCAAAAUAGACAAUAAGUAUAAACAAAGUAAUUCGAUUCCUUUCGACGAACAAUACAAUAAUACUGCGCAUCAAGAUAAAUUAGAGGAGCAAGGAGAAGAAGAGAAAGUGGAGGAGGAUGAUAAUGAAGAAGAAGAGGGAGAUGGAGGAGUAGUAGUACGAGAAAGAAAGUAUAACCAUGAAUGUUACAGUCAUGAUACGGACGUUAAUUAUAAAACUAAUAACAUAUUAAGACGUAAUGAUAUACGUGAAUAUAAAUCAUCCCCAAUCGCAAAUAAGGAACUAUAUAAAAUAUCCCAACCAGUUAAGGAUCCACCACCAUCAAAGAAUAAAAAGCAUAAUGGCAACUACGAGAGUCAUAUUAGUGGUAAUAUUAAGCAAAAUAGCAUUGAGUGUAAUGUCGAUGAAGAGACUGAUCCGUUAAAGGCUGCUGUCAACAGGAUGAGAUUAGAAAAACAAUUCAAAAAAAAAACUUUUAUGAAUGAACAGGAAGAUAUAGAAAACGGAAGAAUAAGUUCAUUUACCGGUGCAAAAUUGGUACCAUUUCCAAAUAGAAAGCGAUGA